ACAGAGAGGAGAGGAGGACAAGAGAGGAGGAGGAGGAGACAAGAGGAAGAGGAGACAAGGAAAGAAGAGAGGAGAGAAGAGGACAAGGAGAGGAUCUCAUCACACCUCUCUGCGGACUAAGACUCAGUCUGACCCGGGCUGAGCCGCCGCUGUCUCCCCGCAUGGCUCCGGAUCCACCGGGACCUUAGAGCCGUGCGGGUCUGCUGGGUUAUCACGCACACUCCGGAGCCCGGGCCCUGCUGCGGGUCCUGGCGGUCUUACGCCCCGUCAAUGUGUGAGGAGGAGCGGGCGGAGCGCAGCAGUGACGCCGGGGUGUAGAGGACCAUGUGGCCGCGGACUGUGGCCGUGGCGGCGGCUCUUCUCCUGGGAACUUUGUGUGCAGGACUGAGCCAUGAGGACAAUGACAUCCUGGAGUGUCUCUACUACAACGUCAACUUCGAGAUCGAGAAGACCAAUCAGAGCGGAGUGGAGCGCUGCGAGGGCGAGAAGGACAAACGCUCGCACUGCUACGCCUCCUGGAGGAACAACUCGGGAUCCAUCGAGCCGGUGAGGAAGGGCUGCUGGCUGGACGACUUCAACUGCUACGACCGACAGGAGUGUGUGGCGACGGAGGAGAGUCCGCAGGUUUUCUUCUGCUGCUGCGAAGGAAACUUUUGUAACGAGAAGUUCACUCACCUGCCAGACGCCAUCGGACCACUGAUCAAAGCCCCGCCCCCCAGCGUUGGCGUGUUAAACAUGAUGAUUUACUGCCUCCUGCCUGUCACCAUGUUGUCUGUCACUCUGCUCACUGCCGUCUGGAUGUACAGACAUCGCAAACCUCCGUACGGACACGUGGACAUUAAUGAGGACCCAGGACCUCCUCCUGCUUCCCCCCUGCUGGGUCUCAAGCCUCUGCAGUUACUGGAGGUGAAGGCCAGGGGGCGCUUCGGCUGCGUAUGGAAGGCCCAGAUGAUGAAAGAACACGUGGCCGUGAAGAUCUUCCCCAUCCAGAAUAAGGAGUCGUGGGAGAACGAGAGAGACGUGUUCACGACACCAGGAAUGAGACAUGAAAACCUCCUGAGGUUCAUCGCCUCAGAAAAUCGAGGGAGUCACCUGGAGGCCGAGCUGUGGCUCAUCACUGAGUUCCACGAGAGGGGCUCCCUGUGCGACUUCCUGAAGGGAAACGUGCUCAGCUGGUCCGAGCUGUGUCACGUCGCAGAGUCCAUGGCGUGCGGCCUGUCUUACCUCCACGAGGACGUCCCCCGACAGAAAGGAGAGGGACCCAAACCAGCCAUCGCUCACAGGGAUUUAAAGAGUAAGAACAUCAUGUUGCGUUUGGACCUCAGCGCCGUCAUCGGUGACUUUGGUCUCGCUGUUCUGUUCGAGCCGGGGAAACCACCUGGAGAGACGCACUGCCAGGUGGGGACUUGGCGGUACAUGGCUCCAGAGGUUUUAGAAGGAGCCAUCAACUUCCAGCGAGACGCCUUCCUGCGAAUCGACAUGUACGCAAUGGGUCUGGUGCUGUGGGAGCUGGUGUCCCGCUGCAAGGCUGCUGACGGUCCUGUGGACGAGUACAUGCUGCCGUUCGAGGAGGACGUUGGUCAACAUCCGUCACUUGAGGAUCUACAGGAAGUCGUUGUCCACAAGAAGAUGAGACCAGUGUUCAAAGACCUCUGGCUCAAACACAGCGGCCUGUCUCAGAUCUGUGAGACGGUGGACGAGUGUUGGGACCAUGAUGCUGAGGCUCGUCUGUCGGCCAGCUGUGUGGAGGAGAGGGUCUCUCAGGUCCGCCGCCUCACCGCCACCAUCGCUCCGCCUACCUCCGACUCAACAGUCACGCCUGUUCCCAUGGUAACCAACCAGCCGCCCAAAGAGUCGAGUAUAUGAGGAGGAACAAAAAUCUACAAAAAUCUGGACGCUAUUGCUGAUUUUAUUUUUAAAUCCUGAAAUUCGGUUCAACUUUCUCUGAACAUGACACACACACACACACACACACACACACACACACACACACACACACACACACACACUCUUUUACUCAGUGGAAUUUUCCGGAGACAAAGCAGCUGCUAUUUUUUUGGAUUCAGUUUUUUUACUCUUUAUCCUUUGGGAGAAAACCAGCACACGUCUCAUCCGUGUCUUUUUAAGCGUGAGUGUGAAACACGUUCAGGUCUCGACUCAGUGAAUGCUCUUUAUCUCCAGGUACCUCAGCGACAACUUUUUUAAUUCUGCUCGUGCAUUCCUCAGCUGUCUCCGUCUGUUCCUCCGACAGAUCUGGAUCUAUCUACCUAGCAACUGCAUCCGCGUCACCUAGCAACCACCUAGCAACCAUCAGCCUACUGUUGGGAUGUUUUUUUACUACGAUGCUGCAGAACUCGACUGUUAACUCACUGACAGCAGAAGUUUUAAACUUAUACUUGGACUCUUUGUUUUCUACGUUUCUCCUGGUCGACCACACGUCACGACUCACGUCACAAACUUUCGGAUCCAACGGGAAUCAGAAGACGCUAAAAACAACAUGGAGGUUUCCUUUCUCUCAGUGUUUUCUUUCUCUCUUGUUGGUUAUAAUUUGAGGUUGAAGACUGAGAGAGCUCUGACGGGAUUGGUUGUCAGGAACCAGGAGGUAAACGUCUUGCAUGCAGAGAUUUGAUUGGCUGACUGCACCCAACCACAGCAUUUUGGUUGGCUCGAAAAUAAAAACUUCUCAGGUAACCAGAUCUGGGGGGGCAGAUGUUAUGGUUCCCAUGGUCGUCGGGAAGGGGCGUGGCCAACAUCAGAUGCGACUGGUGGGAGGGUUUUAUCUGAGGGUGCUCAAAGCCGAUUGGCUGGAUACGUAAAUGUGCAAGGUGUCCAAACAAAAGUGUGUGUGUGUGUGUGUGUGUGUGUGUGUGUGUGUGUGUGUGUGUGUGUGUGUGUGUGUGUGUGUGUGUGUGUGUGUGUGUGUGUGUGUGUGUGUGUGUGUGUGUGUGUGUGUGUGUGUGUGUGUGUGUGUGUGUGUGUGUGUGUGUUGUUUAUUUGGCGGUUAUGUGAACGACCUGUGACCUAUUACCUCCUGAAAUCUGUUAUCUCUCAACACUGCCCCCUCUGGCUUUUGUUCAGUCACUGCAGCUGAAAAGCAAGCAACACUGAACACACACACACCUGCUCGACCAAUCAGGAGUCAGUCUCAGCUGUCAAUCAUGAUGCCCGUGUUUUAUCAUCAAAUAAUGAAUUCAAACUGAUCAGAGACACUUGAACAAACAU